AAAAUCGCAUUCGGGGCGCGGGGGGGGGGGCCGAGCCGCGCGCGCAGCCGCCUCGUCCUCGAUUUCUCUAGGGUUUCCUCUCCCAUUCGAGCCUUCGAGCCGGCUUCGUUCCCUUCCUCUUCGUCGCCAUCCACCGCCGAAGUCGAGCCCCUACUCGGGCUUCCUCGCCAUCUUCGACUUCCUGUGAGUCGCCAUCCACCGCCGAAGAAGCCCAUCUCCGACUUCCUGUGACUCGCCAUCCACCGCCAUCCAUCUUCGACUCGGGCUUCGUCGCCAUCUCCACAAAAGACCAGCUCUGACUUCGUUUUCUUCGCCAUCUCCGCAAAAGACCAUCUUCGAUUUCGAGUUUCACACCACCGGCGCAUCUUCAUCUUCUUCCACGUGAACGAUCUUGGUCUUCGACCAUCGAUCUGGAGUCUUCGUCCACCGGAAGAGAUCUUGUUCUCUGUUUUGGCCAGUGAUCUUGGCCUCUGUUUCAGCGAGCGAUCUUCGUGUUCGCCAUCUCCGCCGAAGUCGACCUCCGAUUCCGACUUGCAGACCGUCGUUCAUCCUCGUCGCCAUCUUCGUCCACGGUUGAGAAACUGUGUUUCAGAUACACGGAGUUUCUGAAAAAAUGGACAAGUCACUGACUGCAGAAACGAAUAGUGCAAGGAAAGAAAAAUUGGAGAUCAUGGGGACAGAAGCGUGUGCAGCUCCUGAGGAAUUCAAUCCAUGCGUUGUUUUGACGGGUACUGCCAAGGAAGGGAGUUGUGGACCUACUCUUGGUUUGAUGGAUAUUGGUGUCAGUCCAAAAGCCUACCUUUGUCGGAUUGCCCUGCCUGGGAUUAGGAAAGAUGAAAGUAAACUUGCAGUUGAUAUCCAGCGGGAGGGAAAGGUAACUGUAAGAGGAAUGUCACCGUCUGGAAGACUCUUGAAAGAUUCAUCAACUGUGCAUGUGGUGAGAGUGCAGCAGCUAAGCCCACCUGGAGAGUUUAGCAUUUCCUUCAACUUGCCUGGACCUGUUGAUCCCAGACUAGUUUCACCCAAUUUCAGGUUGGACGGCAUCCUUGAGCUCGUUAUAAUGAAGGUCAUGCCUACAGCCUAAGAAAGAGUUGUAAUAAUUGUGUUACCUUUGCUACCAACGAUUUAACUGCUUCUAUCUUAGCACCGGAUUUUCUGAGUAGGUUGUUUUAUACAGUUAUGUAUGUAAUGUGGGUAAACUGUAAAGUUAUGAUAUUUUAGUAGGGUUUCUGUUUACAGCA